AUGCCAAAAAUAUCAAGAAAUUACAAAUACAAAAAGCGUUACUAUAUUUUCCUCUUUAUGAUCCUCUUCUUGACACCAAUCUAUCUAUGUUUUGCAUCAUAAAUAUCCAUACAUAUUUGACAGAAACGAAUCAAUGAUAAAUAAUAAUUCUGUAAUUAAAAUUGAAUUGUUAUCAUGAAAAUUAUUAUUAACUGAACAUAGUUGUUAACUUUACUACAAUUCUCUCUUGUUAAAUUGUUUUAGUGAUUUAUUAGUACGUUGUGUUUACAAUGAUUAUCAAGUGACACAGUGGAAUAGAUCUACAAAAGAUAUCUCUAACAAAAAAAGCGUAUUAACAAUAAUACCUCAUGGGUGAUGUGGAAAUCUAUUGAUACGAAUGUCGCUCUAAUGUGUCACGGAUAGUUACUAUAGUACGCGCGUCUGAGGUGCUCUGAUUAUUUUCUGCAAGGUCCAUUCACGUCGCAGACAAUGCCCUACAAUCCUACCCGUCGAAUCCUAGCCGUUCCAAGUCGUUUGGGUUUCUCGCCGGUCUUCUGGGAUUCUCAGCUUCCGCUAUUUUCGUGUGACAUUGAAGUCGAUGUCUGGUGCCAAACAAAUGAUUAGGUAGUUAUUGUGCGGAACUCGUAGAGGCUCUUUGGGUGGUCGGCUUUGGUCUCUGACAGAUCGUUUAUGCGUUUCGGACACGCAACAUUAGCAUUCUCAAAAACAAUGUUUUGCCUAAAGCGACAUGUAACUGAACGUGCUUGAACAAAUACGUCCGUACAAUGUAAUUACAGUGAUCGUCACUUAAAAUCCUGCAUAGUUCAAUAUUUGUUUAUUUAAUAUAUGACAACAGCAGAACAAAACUUUCAAUAACUAUUAGUAAAUAAAAUAAAAUUUGUCGUUACGUAGAGAACUUGCCCGUCAGUAAAAAUCGUACAGUACAUAUUUCCAAUAAUAUUUAAUAUAUAAAACUUGUGUUAAUAUUUUGUAAGAUAUCCAUGUGCAUUUUCAACACAUUGUAGUCGCCGAAAAAUUUAUACAUACCCGCUAAUAUUGAUGUAAUAUGGGAAAGUGUAUUCUACGUGUAUUGUACAUUAAGAAUUGGUUUUAACAAAAUAUUAUAUGCAGCGAUAGUUUAUAAAAAUUAUUAAAAAUCAUGCUAUUAUAAAAAAAAUAAAAUACGUUCAAUCUUGGUUUCAAACAUAGCGAUAUAAUUUGUCUAAUUACUGUACUGAUAAUGAGUGAACAGAUAAAUCAGGAAACGAAAAUACCGAAACUACAAAAUUGCUUAAUUACUAAAUUUAAAUAGAAAAUUUUAAUUCUUUUUUUAUAUUCGACAUAUUUUAAAAUAAAAUCAGAAUAUGUGAAAUUUAUUUUUAAUAAGUACAACGGUUUAGAGUAAAAAUUACAAAAAUAAAUUUAAGUGUACAGACUAAGUAUAGACUAAGUGUAUGGUCUAAGUGACUUCAUUCCUGUUCACUUAUUUCUUAAAUUAAAGACACUGAAUAAAAAUUAAGUUGUAAUCGAAUACUAUAAUCCUAUUGUAUUAGGUUUCAAUAGACCCUAUUUGCAUAAAUUGAAAUUCAAUUGGCUUUGUGUACGCAUCACGUUGACAUACAAGUUAAUUACUGGUAUACAAUACGACUCCGCGGUCAGUUAAAAUGAGGUUUUGAGUAUGUGUGUGUAAUAAAACCAGGUUUACUCGGUCAUAAUCAUUCAGUCAAGAAAGAUCGCUGUUUGGUCUAAAAAAUGAAUCAAUUGCUUAUAUUGCUUAGUUUUUCAACAGUAUACUUGAUAUCGAACAUAAUUUUGUGUAACCGUUGCUAUCGAAUUAAUUUACAACCUUUACCGCAUUAUAAACUAAUCAAAUCCAACUUUCGUUCAAAUCAUUUACUACUGUCGAGGUCAGUCGUGCGAAGUGUAAACGAGUGCAGACAGUUUGCCCUAGCCAAGAAAGCCCUGGCUUUUAAUUACGGCUUGGAAAGUAAUCGUAAUGAAUGGAAUUUGAAUACACGAAACGAGCGGCGUAAAGGUACGAUUAAAGUUUGCGAAGCUCUUCAGUGUCCAGAAGUUCACAAUUUUACUACUUUCCAUAGAGACAAGAAUUAUCAAUACUAUAGCAUGUACGCCAGCUAUAUUCCAUCCGGCACGAACUUUACGCUGACUUGUGUUCCGAAGACAGGGAUUUUCGUAAUUUCGAACAAUUAUUUGAAUUAUAGCCAAGCAGAAAUUUCUUGCCAGAAGAUAAAUUCUACACUUGCUCACAUAAUUAGUGAGGAGCGCACGGAAGGUCUGGCAAAGUAUAUUUCCGAAAAUACGCCCACUUUCGUUGGACUCAGUAGCCGCGAUCAUGAGAAAAUUUGGAAAAAUCAAUUUGAUGAACCGCUCUCCUGUUUCAAAUAUCGAGCGUGGGGAAAGGGGGAACCGUCGCACACAAGAGGAUGUGUUACCAUUAUGAAAUCAUCUGAAUCAGAACAUGGUCCCUUUUGGAAAGUUGUACCAUGUGACAGUCUAUUACAUUUUAUUUGUGAAAUUUCACCAAUGUAUCAAUCUUUACAUAAUUGAACACAACAAACAUAUGAAACAAAAUAUUUGCGCAGGUGCAGUUAUGAGUUGUAUAUUAUACAGAAAAAUCUUUAAAUAAAAAAACUAAA